ACUGCUCCGCGCUGCUAAAAACUUGCUCUGGCUACUUUACCUGGGUCUUGUCAGACAGUUCACGCUGUCCAUGGCCGGGGGCGGAAUAGGCAUCAUUGGAGAUACGGAGGCAGGCCACAAUGAUAGAAGAAGGUGGUCUGGUGUUCCCAAUGUCAAAGGUCCGGUAUGGGCCAAGAUGCCACUACUUACUGUGACAAUGCUCGGCAUGCAGAUCGUCUGGAGUGUCGAGAUGGGGUAUGCAUCGCCUUAUUUAUUGUCGCUCGGUCUCUCGAAAUCAUGGAUUUCUAUGGUGUUCGUAGCGGGGCCUUUGUCAGGGCUAAUCAUGCAACCCGUUAUCGGAGCUUUGUCCGAUAGAUCUACCUCCCGGUUUGGACGAAGAAGACCCUUCAUUCUACUAGGGUGUUCUAUAUGUUUUGCUUCCUUGCUGUUGCUCGGUUAUACCAAUGAUUUUACUUUGAUUUUUGGCUUGAGCGACAUGACGCACCGACGCCUUACCAUUGCCUUGGCCGUCCUGUCAAUUUAUUUGAUUGACUUCAGUAUCAAUGCUGUAAUGGCAGCGGACCGAGCGCUUUUGGUGGAUACCCUUCCCACUGAGGAGCAAGAGCUAGGAAAUGCCUGGGCUGGUCGUAUGUCCGGUGCUGGCAGCAUUGCUGGAUUUUUCAUCGGGAACGUGUCCCUACCCAGAUUGUUCCCCUUUCUGGGAAACACUCAGCUAGAAGUGCUUUCGGCGCUCUCAGGGAUCCUUCUCCUCACAACUCAUGGCUUGACAAUUUGGACCGUUCACGAGCGCGUCCUUAUGGAAUCACCAACAGAUACUCGGAAGCCUUCAGGGGGAUCUCUAGCGACUGUGAAAGAGAUAUGGAGCAAUAUUUUAACAUUGCCCCGCGUUGUUCUUCAGAUUUGCAUAAUACAGUUCUUAUCUUGGAUUGGGUGGUUCCCUGUUCUAUUCUACACCACACUUUGGAUCUCCGACAUUUAUUACAGGAAUCUUCCAUCGUCUAUGUCCCCAUCGCCACGCUUUUACUGGCUCCGUGAAGAAUCUCCGAGAAAUGGAUAUGAGGCAGGGACAUUGAUGGGCAACACUGCGCUCCUAUACUCGUCCAUUCUUGCGAUGGCAGGUUUCAUUUUUCUACCUUUCUUGGUCACUGGAACUAGCGGCAUAGAGGAUGAUGCCGGUCCUUGGGAGGCAACUGCAGGACUCGGUGCACGAUCGGCAGUUAGAACUAAGGAACCAUGGUGGAAGAUCCAUAUCUGUACCCUAUGGACUAUAUCCCAAGCCGUCUUUGCCAUUUCUAUGGCAGCCACCUGGUUUACAAGCACUGUGACGGCUGCGAGUAUUAUUAUUGCUGCGACUGGCUUCUCGUGGUCCGUUUCGCUUUGGGCCCCAUUUGCCCUCCUCGGGGAAGCUAUACAUUCAUCAGGUGGACCCAGGUCUUCAUACACUCUAGCAUCAUCUACAGAUCCUGUCGGUGAUUAUUCUGAACAUGCUAUACCCCUGCAAGAACGAAGUCGUCCUGAAAUGCGCCAAAUAUCCGAUUAUCCGGCGCCGGACGCGACGCCCGACUUCGCAAACUUAUCUGCCCGUGUCAGUCACACGAAUCUUACGGAUGAGGAUAGCACUCCAGUAAACACGUUCCAGUUCGAAACAAGGGCGGCGGAAGAUGAAGGUUUUGAUGAGGAUGCUGGAUUUUUGGAAGAUCCAGACACAGUAGGGAAGAGUGGAGUGAGCGAUAAAGCCGGUGUGAUUCUCGGCAUCCAUAACAUCUUCAUCGUCGUCCCCCAGUUUCUAGUCACAGGAUUAUCUGCAGUGGUAUUCGCGCUAUCCGAUUCGCCCUCGAGUGUAUCUUCGAAUGACACAACAUCAUUCCCUUCAAACUCCACCACUAUCGCCUUACUACAACGCGACUCAGAAAAACAACCAUUUGACUCGAUAGGUUUAAUGUUUAGAAUUGGAGGGGUAAGCGCCGCUAUCGCGUGCAUACUUUGCCAUCGACUAUCAAAACAACUUCAGCGUCGCUUAAAAUAGUGUUUCACUUUCUAUGAUCGUCACGU